AUGCCCCUUUCAGACUUUGUUCUGACCCUGAAGGACAAUCCCUACUUUGGGGCUGGAUUUGGGCUGGUGGGUGUGGGCACAGCCCUGGCCCUGGCCCGGAAGGGUGCCCAGCUGGGCCUGGUGGCAUUCCGGCGCCAUUACAUGAUCACACUGGAAGUCCCGGCUCGAGACAGGAGCUAUGCCUGGCUGCUUAGCUGGCUCACCCGCUACAGUACCCGGACGCAGCACCUCAGCGUCGAGACCUCGUACCUUCAGCAUGAGAGUGGCCGCAUCUCUACUAAGUUUGAAUUUAUCCCCAGCCCUGGAAACCACUUUAUCUGGUAUCAGGGGAAAUGGAUCCGAGUGGUACGAAGCCGAGAGAUGCAGAUGAUAGACCUGCAGACGGGCACUCCUUGGGAAUCCGUCACCUUCACAGCCCUGGGCACUGACCGCAAGGUUUUCUUCAACAUCUUGGAGGAAGCUCGAGCACUGGCCUUGGAACAGGAAGAAGGGAAAACAGUGAUGCACACAGCCGUGGGCUCUGAAUGGCGCCCCUUUGGAUAUCCACGCCGGCGGCGGCCACUGAACUCUGUGGUUCUAGAACAGGGUCUGGCUGACCGAAUUCUCAAGGACAUACGGGAAUUCAUCGAUAACCCCAAGUGGUACAUUGACAGAGGCAUUCCCUACAGACGUGGCUACCUGCUUUAUGGGCCCCCUGGUUGUGGAAAGAGCAGUUUUAUCACAGCCUUGGCUGGGGAGCUGGAGCACAGCAUCUGCCUGCUGAGCCUCACAGACUCCAGCCUCUCCGAUGACCGGCUCAACCACCUGCUGAGCGCAGCCCCACAGCAGAGCCUGGUGCUCCUGGAGGACGUGGAUGCUGCUUUUCUCAGCAGAGAUCUGGCUGUGGAGAACCCAGUCAAGUACCAAGGUCUAGGUCGUCUCACCUUCAGUGGACUGCUCAAUGCCUUGGACGGUGUGGCUUCCACUGAGGCCCGCAUUGUGUUCAUGACUACCAACCAUGUUGAAAGACUGGACCCUGCCCUGAUACGCCCGGGGCGAGUAGACAUGAAGGAGUACGUGGGCUACUGCUCAGACUGGCAGCUGACCCAGAUGUUCCAGAGGUUCUAUCCCGGGCAAGCACCUGCUUUGGCGAAAGUCUUUGCAGAACGUGUUCUUAAAACUACAACUGAGAUUAGUCCUGCGCAGGUGCAGGGCUACUUCAUGCUGUAUAAAAACGACCCUGCAGGGGCAAUGCAGAAUGUCGAGACCCUGAGGAGGUGA